UGCGUUUUCGGUUUUUGGGCAUAGAGCGAGCUGUGCAAAACGCGGGUGUGUCACUGUUCAGGCGAAUUAUGAUACGCGAAUCUUGCAAUACCAAAGUAGAUUCUGUGGUGAUGUUGACAAAAACUAUUCGUUCUCCUCCGCAACCUUACCAGCAUCAGCAACCACGCACCGACAGUGGAGAAUACCCAGAAUUGUGCAAUGUGAAACGGACCGAAAGAAGCACGGAUUCGAUUAAUGUUAGUACAUGCACCAGAAUGAAGAACGCGGGAGAUCUAAUUGACGAAUCGCGCCCCUCCGACGACACAUCCAAUAUCCGCAUUAGGAGUGGUAGUCUGACUUGUCGGACGAUACGGAAAGAAAAUUUGAACUUGCAGUAUACCAAACUUUUUGAGAAGCGAGUGGCCGACAGUGUAUUCCAGAAGCUCGAGUCACAAGUAGAGUACUUUACGGGGGACCUGCUUCGGGAUAAAGUGUUUGGGAAGUGGCAUCGCAUACCUAGAAAACAGGUGUCCUUUGGAGAUGCAGGCAAAGUUUAUACGUUCUCCGGCACAAAUUUACCGGCAAAGCCUUGGACCCCACUUAUUUCUCACCUUCGAGAUAUCAUAUCUUCUUACACGGGUUACAGAUAUAAUUUUGUGCUUAUUAACAGGUACAAAGAUGGAUGUGACCACAUUGGAGAGCACAGAGACGAUGAAUCUGAUCUGGAUCGCACUGCUCCCAUUGCAUCGCUUUCCUUUGGACAAGCACGAGAGUUUGUCUUGAGGCACGCAGAUGCACGGAAAAAGUUACGGCAUGUCGAUCCUGUUAAGGUCACCUUGGAGCAUGGAAGUCUUUUAUUGAUGAAUCCCCCAACCAACAGCUUCUGGUACCAUUCCUUGCCACCACGCAAGUCAGCAAUGGGUGUCAGGAUAAACUUGACAUUUAGAUGCCUUGUGUGAGAGUUGAACUCUUCCUUCUGUUGACUGUCAGUGUGGAAACCAUGGAAUUAUAUUUCUCCAGCUUAUUUAUUUGCAGCAAUAAAAUAUGAAGCAGUGCUCCUAUGUCACAAGGUCUCACUCUUACUUACUAUUACUUUUUGCCAGGAGGCAUCUAAAGUGUUGAUGCAAGAAAUGUUUUUGGAAGUAAUUUCUCAAUGUUUUACUUAUCUACUUGAAUGAUGUCCUCGGAAAUGGAUUGUGGUGAGAGUGGUCAGUAUGAAAGGUAUUGAAUGCAAUAAAUUACUUUCUAAAACAUCA